AUGUUUAUCUUGUGGAAACAACAACAAAAGGGUGAUUUAACAAAGAAGAAUCUUGAAAUUGCUAUAGAAAAUUGGAUUCAAUCAAAAACAAAUACCGAUGUUACAUUUAACAGUGAUCAAUCCAUUGAAUUUCUUCGUAAAAUAGGUAUUCUUCUACCUCAUGAUUCAGCACGUCCAAAUCAUUUAGAAGUCUUACCAUUUAAACAAGUGAUUAGUAUUCUUCCAAAAACAUCACGAACAUUAAGUGAAAAAAAUGAAGAAUGGGAUUUAGUUGAAGGUUAUGAUAAGAAAUAUUUUGAAGUUGAUUGGAAAACAAUUCUUAAUGAAGAUAAACUUCUUAAUAAAAAUGGAUGGCAUUGA